GUCCAUUGCCGUCUUCUUUUCGAGCACUUUUCAAAUCGAAGCCUACUUGGAUCCUAAUACUCAACCUUAAUCGAAAUAAUCAAUACAAUCAUGUUCAGCAAAACCAUUCUAAGCACUGCAGCUGCGGCUCUGCUUGCCGGCGUUGCUCGGGCGGAAACCGGACCCGGCUUCCCCAUUACGACAUCCCAAAACCUCACCGUGAUAUACGGCAACAACACCGUCUCACCUGGAGGAGAGUUGAUUCUGCGUCCCGAAACCGCCCAACGCCCAACCAUUAGCUCGCCAGUAUGGUGGUCCGACGAAAAGGGCCCAGGCUCCUGCAUCCUCCUCAUGGUCGACCUCGAUGUUCCCCGUAACGGCAGCCGCGUCCAAUUAAUCCACUGGUUCGCAAUGAACAUUACACGCUCCUCUCCGCUAUCAGCAAACACGUCGGGCGCAGCGCUGCAAAUCCCAGAUACGAACCCUGUUCCUUACCUGCAGCCCUCGCCACCCGUUGGCGAUAUUCCACACGCGUACACGUUUGUGCUCAUGCAGCAGCCGCGCAAUUUCAGCAUGCCUGAGCAGUAUUCCACUUUGGCUAUGAAUAGGGUGCCCUUCAAUGUGAGCCAGUUUACAAUGGAUACCAACCUUACGAAGCCGUUGGCGGGGAACUGGAUCACGGUGCAGAAUACGACUGGCACGCCUACGGCUUCAGCUUUCCCGCCUUCCAGACCGAGUCCGACGGGAGGCAGUAGCACAGAGUCUGGCGGACCGUCAACGGGGGGUGCGGCGGGUAUGUUGACGGUUGAUGGCAGGGCAUUAUGGGCCGGAGUAACGACUGCGUUGUUGGCUGGGGUUUUUGCCGUGGCCUUGUAA